UCUCGCCGAUAAUUCACGGUGCCUCGUAAAAAGCCGACAUUAGAGACCCGGGCCUACAAAUCACCGGCACCAAAUUAUGAGUUCGCUGGACUUCGCCAACGCGCUGUUUUCCAAAUACCAGCAAGCCGCUGCGAGCUGCUCACCUCUUCUCUUCACAGAUUCUGCAACUUCUCCCUUCCCGACUUCCUCUGGUGCUCCUGCCGUGUCUUCUCCGUGCGCACUCGUGUCCAGUGGAAAAGGCGGCGGGGAGCUCAUUCUUCCUUCCACCUCCUUUUCGCCAUCUCCUUCCUCCUUCUCUUCCCCCUCCAACUCUUCUUCCCCAUCGUUCUGUUUGUCUCUUUCGGGAUUGAACCGGAUCAGCGGGAGUAUCCAGCCCAGCGCGCAUCCUUUCAUCCCUGCUGAAGUGCGCACAAGAGGGGCUUAUGGCGCGCCAAGAGCCGGGCUGCUGAGUUCCUCUCUGCACGGAGGCGCUGCGGAGCGGUUCCCCGAUCGGCCUCAGCUCUGCCCGCUGGUCAGGCUCCCUGAGCCGGCCUGCAGGAGGCAGAGUUGCCCGGAGCAGCAGUUACACAAGGAGGAGCUACAUAUUUACCCCUGGAUGAGAAGCUCAGGUGCCGACAGAAGGCGCGGGCGGCAGACGUACACGCGCCACCAGACGCUCGAGCUGGAGAAGGAGUUCCACUUCAACCGGUACCUCACGCGGCGGCGACGCAUCGAGAUCGCGCACGCGCUCUGCCUCACGGAGCGGCAGAUCAAGAUCUGGUUCCAGAACCGAAGGAUGAAGUGGAAGAAGGAGAAAAGAGUGACUGAGAGCGGCUCCCUGACAGCAGCUUUGCCGACUGAGGAGGAAGAGGAGGAGGAAGAGGAGGAGGAGGAGGAGGAGGAAGAGGAGGAAGAGGAGGAGGAGUGAUACUAAU